AUGUUCCGGGAGACCACCGAGCUGCCCGUUCGCACAAUAGAAGCAACAACACUGGAGCCAGAUGGCACCAAGGUGUCGUCUGAGCGUGGCUUCGAGACCUUGUGUAGCUACAACUGGCAGUGUGAUGGGUCAAUCUAUGUACCUGGUGCACCUCCGAAGUGGAACCCUCCACCGCUGCCGACCACUCUGGCUCAGGACUCAGGGAGACACUUCGUCGAUCAGAACGCAUCUCGCGUGCCCAAGUAUCCUUUCGAGCCAGCCUUCGCUGCCCUUGCUGUGAUGGGACCCGACGUCGUGCUAGAUCGAGUCGACAUCAUCGCCAACCGCAACAGUCUUCGCAAGCUACUCGAUUUUUCGGCUGGGAGGAAACUGGACAUUUUCUGCAUGGGCUUACACAUGGUCGGCAAUACGCUCGUUAUUAGCCGUAAAGAACGGAACGCUCAGCAAAUGAUCCAUGGUGCACCGAACGCGGGCUACGGACAUAACUUCGAGAAGACCUUCACCAUGCCUGAUCAUGGAAUGGAGAAUUCUAGCAGUCAUCACAGGGUUAUUCGGUACUAUAUCGGCCCUUUGGACUGCGUUGUCCGUUUUGAAGUCGAUGCGUAUUACGAUGACCCGGAUGUCGUCCUGGACUCGAAGUCUAAACAGCCUAGGGAUGAGCCUGUUGGCACCGUGAGCGCUGCUAUGGCACAACUAAAUAUUGCAGGCCUGCCAUCAACUCAAACUAAACCUCGAAAGACUCCCGUCGAUAAGCCUACAGUAGUCGUUGAGAAGGGAAUCUUCAUCAACCCGUCCAAGCUCGCGGAAAUCAAAGCCAAGAAGCUCGCACGUCUUACAGAAGCACUACCGCAGCUUUGGUUCGGUCGUACGCCCUACUUUAUGAACGGCAACCACGACAAGGGUACGGUGCACUCGGUGAGCAUCAGUGAUGCUGAGAAGGAAUACCCCCGAUGGGAGGAAGCCAAUCAAGAUAAAUUGCGCAAGAUGGUGAGUGUGCUUGCAGAACUAAGGGAUGCCGUCACACGUACGAAAGAGCGCGCAGCCGUGCUAGUCUACGACGAGAAAGGUGGGCCAUUGAAGGUAUAUGCGAUGAAGAAGAAUCAUGGCGUGCUGCCUAGUGAAACCAUCGCGAAGCACUGGACCAACGCUGGAGGUAACGCGGGAUAA